CUAAACAGAAAGUAAGAGUUCCAUCAUUUACCGUUCAUUACCAUCAACUCCAUUCCAAUGGCACUUCCGUCGCCAUUUUUUGCAGCGUUUACAGCAAUAUUGAUCCUCCUCUUAUCUCAAAAGGCCAGCUGCUUGUUAUCCUCAAAACACAACAAUGUCACCGAUCAACAGUCACUUCUGUCCUUCAAGUCCAUGAUAUCGGGCGAUCCAACAGGAUCGUUAGCCUCGUGGAACAACUCCAUCCAUUUCUGCAAUUGGGUAGGCGUAACUUGCAGCGGCCUCCAACAUCCUCAACGGGUCGUGUCCUUGAGCUUGAGCUCCCUUGAUCUCUCUGGAGUUAUAUCGCCGGCGAUAGCAAACCUCACAUUUCUCAGAACGAUUAACCUCUCCCACAACAAACUCCGCGGACCCAUCCCGGGAGGAAUCGGUAACCUCCACCGCCUCCGGGUUCUUAACGUGAGCCUAAAUUCUCUUGAACGAGGUAUUCCUGAUUCGUUGGGCGGCCUUACUUCUUUGACCAAACUCUACUUGUUCAACAACAGCCUAAGCGACAAUAUCCCUUCUACAAUGGGGAACCUCGCCUCUUUAUCUCUACUGUUCUUGCACAAUAACAAAUUCACUGGCAGCAUCCCACCUUCAUUAGGAAGGAUCUCGUCUCUCUCCGUUCUUGCUCUGACCAACAAUCUUCUCAACGGCAGUAUUCCGUCUACUAUAGGGGACCUUACUUCCCUAACUUCGCUUUACCUUUCAGGCAACCGUCUGAGUGGCUUGGUCCCUUCUUCGUUGGCGAAGCUCUCGUCUCUUUCCGUGCUUGAUUUGUCCAAUAAUGAACUCAGUGGCAGCAUACCGUCUUCCAUCGGGGGCCUUGCCUCCCUGACUUCACUGAAAGACAAAUACAAAAAGAGAAUUGGGUUUAAAGAUACAAGUAAUAAUGAUUCAGUUUAUAGGUAA